CAAGCAGUAUAAAUGUUCAGCUUGUCUAAGGAUGAGUGCAAGGUAAACAAUGGAAAGGGACGGCGACAGGAGGACAGAAGAAGAGGGAAACCAACACCACCAACCACCAAAUAUUUAACCGAUGAAACCGCUGACCCGUGAAGCCUACGGCGGCGGAAUGUACGGAAAUGAACCGGGAGAUGAGAAAAAACCAGUAAAGCCUCCAGCCAGUGAAACCCAAAGUGCUGAUGGGCCAGUUGGUGCUGGCAUCAAGCCCAAACACCAACCUCCACCACCUUCAUCAGUUGACCGUGAUGUUGAUAUCACCGGGCAAUCUUACAUUCAGUAAAUCAUAACCGUCCGUAGUUACAUCAGAACAUCUCUCUGAUAUUUCUAAUAUAUGGUUGUAUUAGUACUGGUUACUUCUUCUCAGUGGUAAUUAUUAAUAAUUUAUUUUUGGGUA